GUAAAGAACAAAGUGUCGACAGUGCUAAGGGUUGCUCUUAAAAUAUAAUUCCCCUGCCGGUAGCAGAUGAGUUUUCAGAUUUAACAUCUGAGUCUGGAUUUCGGCUAGGCCUAGCAUUCUAAAAUUACGUACCUUCAUGGACAUGCUAGGAUACAGCAUUCAGUGUAAAGUCCGGCAGUGUUCUCUAUGUCAAGGAGACACAGAAUUUUACUGUAACACGUGUAACCAAGAACUAUGUCUACAGUGUAAAGAGAGACAUGUUAUUGAUCUUGAUACCAUAUACCACGAUGUCGUGAUUUACCGGGAAAGAUAUGAAUACAUUCCGAAAUAUGAAACCUGUGUGAGACACCCGGACAGACUUUAUGACAAAUACUGUCAUUCCUGUAAACUUCCUGUCUGUAUCAUUUGUAAAGAACACAUAAAACAUAUCUUUCUCUCUUUUCUCCACCAAAGGACAGAAGAGAGAAAACAUAAAUUACUUGAUAUAAGAAUAGCAUAUAAAACAAACCGUCAACAACACAGGGAAAUUAUUCACAACAUCAGAAGUGAGAUUCUUUAUAACAGUUAUUUUUUCUUUCAAAAAUCAAUACUGAUUUUAAAACAGAAAUCUCCAACCGUCAAUCUCAGAUGUCAGCGAAAGCAGAAAGAAUUAAGAUUCUCAUAAACACUGUGAUAUAUGAUGUUAAAAUUGGUCACAAAAGAUUUGUUAAUGAAUUAAAACAACAGAAAAGGAAAAUGAAUAGACAUCUUUCUAGCAUAGAGAAUCAUGAAAAUAGAUGUGAACAUUUUAGAAAUAGACCUGUCAAAUUCCUCUCCUUCUUAAAGAGAAGCCGUAUCUCCAAGAUAAUGAACAUUCCUAAUCUUAAACAACGCACCCUGCUCUCCAUGAUAUCUGGUGAAAUGAGCAUGGUGGAUGUCAUAGAAUUACUGGCGGAAAUCCAUAUCAUCGAAAAAAGCAUUGAAUGUCCUCUUGAACUGAUGCCUAUACCCGUGUUACACAGAUCUGUCACAUUAACUGGUGUUAGUAACAUUUAUCAUAUCUCUUGUCUAACAUCAGACCGACUUUGGAUCAGUGAUUAUAAAAAUCUUAUUCUGAUCAACAUGAACGGUGAAAUACUGCAUCAGCUUAUAGGUAUAAGUAGUGAAUGUGGAAAACAUACAGUGAACACUACAUGGGAUCUUACUUACAUAUGUAGGGAUGGUAACAUUCACAAACUAUCCAAGGAUACCAGAAAAACGUCUAAAAUGAUAAAGAAUACUGAACCAUGGCGACCAGAGUGUGUGUACAGCUCCCCCUACAAUGGUGAUCUAUUGGUCGGAAUGUUUGAUUAUCACAAGAAGACAAGCAAGGUAAUACGGUAUAACGAAAACGGUCACGAGAUACAGGCGAUACAACACAACAAUACAGGACAGGACCUGUAUAAUUUACCUAGCUAUAUAACAGAAAACCGAAAUGGAGAUGUGAUUGUGUCUGACUUUAUUGAUUUGAGUCAUGGUACUGUAGUGGUGACAGAUCGUGAUGGAAGAUAUCGCUUCACCUACAGAGGACAUCAGUCAGGGUCCAAACUUUCACCACGUGGGAUAUGUACAGACCCAUUUUCAAACAUCCUUGUGUGCGAUUAUUUCACGGACACAAUACAAAUGGUUGACAAGGACGGUAAUUAUCUUUCAUCAUUACUUACACGACUACAAGGAAUUGACGGUCCAGUGGGACUGAGUUAUGAUGACAAAUCACAUCUUCUUUGGGUUGCAUCAUGGAACAAGAACAGUACAAUAUGUGGAUAUAGAUAUAUAAACAGACAAAAUUAUCUGAGAGUAUAAUGAUUUAGAAAAUUGCAUUUGCAUGGAUCUUACAAGAUAGCCUCCAACAUCGACAAAAGUUGUUUGGAAAUAUGACAGCUGAAUUUUCUUUAAGGUUUAUUUUCGUUAUUUUUAAGGUACAAAGAGACCCAUAGCCACUUAUUCUUCUCGACAAAGAAAUAUAAUUUUUUUUACAUAAAACGUGUUACUCAGUAGAAGACUGGUUGUUUCAGUUGAAGACAUGCAGUAAAUUUUUAGACCAACAUUAUCUUAAUUUUUAGAAAGUUCGUGAAUUUUGCCGUAAACGUUUUUCUCUAUCUUCUUCCUCAAACUACUGCUAAUCAAUAAAUUUUGCACAGUAGUAAGUUUAUGACAUAUAUGGAAAUAUAUAUUGAUCAGAGUCUUUAAAAGUCGAAAAGUCUAUCAAACAGAACAAAAUAGAAGCAGCGCAAACAAUGACCUGCAAAUCAUCAGAAUUGGGAUAACUCUUUAUAAGCGGAGUUGAUAUCUUGAUACUUCUACCGGAAUGUAAAUUAGGCAGGUCGAUAGGUUAGGAGACAAAUCUCGUGCGCAUCUGUCACCGUGUCUGACGCUAAGGAGGCCAAUGCAUGUAAAUCUCAGGCGGCUGCCUUUGUAUUUGAUGUCACUGGG